CCAAACCUCCAAAAACCACAAUAAAAACAAUCUACCCCAUUUCGCCCCCAAUCGCGCCAUCCCUGGUCGUCGCUCGUGUCGGUCCAUUUCGCGGAACAGUCCGCCAGGUGGUACGAUGAUCAUCCCGGUACAGGUGAAUUCUGGCGAGCGAUGUCCGGCCGACACGAAAAGUUUCUAUAAAUAAUCCUCUGUCCGAGUCGGUGUUUCUCGGACGGUCAGAGGGUACAAGAGUCGCCUAGAAGCCGCGGCAGCGGCGGUCCGCUCUAGGAGAAUACUACUCCUCUCCAUCUCCCUCUUUUCUUUGACCGGUGCGUAUGGGGUGAGGAUCAACAGCGAGCGUUAAACUGGAGGAGGAAAAGGCGGGCUCGUGAACAGCGUCGUGCUCUCAGGUAGGAGUCGAAGGCUGGAGGUGGACAAGUGGAAUCCCAGGGGGUGGGGAUGGAGCCGGAGCAACGUGGACGCGCUUCGCGAGCGUCGUCGACGUCGAGCCUCGGCCGCGAGGUCCGUUGUGGCUGUCAGUACUACCAGAGCGACUCGCUUCUGCCGGAACGACGUGCUCUCCUCGGUAGACCGCCGUCCAGGACGAUGCAGCAGCCACCUGCGGUCCGCUGCAGCGAGCACGAGUACGAACCGAUCGCCGCUCCGUCACCGUCGCCGAAACCGGCGUCGGCGCCGGUCGUGCGAAUCACCGACACGGAUGUGGUGCCCGUCGCAGACAGCGACGACAGCAUCGACGACCGGGCACGUCUGCCACCGGAGCUGACGAAAGCCGGCGACCUGAUACUACCUCUGGAUGGCAAGAUCGAGGACACCGCGAUGGAGGGUCGCGAGCUCGUCGAAGCCGGCGACACCUCCGAGGAACUCGAAACGCCUCAACAAUUGCAGGACAGACUGGAGGAGCGGUUCCUGAGCGCACCCACUCCUAGCGCCGAGUCGAGAACCGAUGCCGAGGUUAACACUAGCCAGGUAGACUCGUUGGCAUUGGAGGAGCUGCCGCUGCGUCGCGGUGCCCGCGGAUUGCCCCACAAGCUGAAAACGCAGGCUGGUAAGCUGCGUACGAGGUUGAGGAACAUUAAACGACCGUCGUUCGCGUUCCCGGAACGACAGAGACCAGAGAAGACCAGGUCGGCGAGCAGCGGCAGGUCGGACAAGUCCAGGACGCAAGAGAAGAGACCCAGCCGAAUGGACAGAAUCAGAUCGUCCUUCUCCGAGCGGCCGAAAUUCAACCUUCCGAAUCGGCCGAGAUUCUCUCUGCCGGAGAGGCCCAAGUUCAACCUGCCCGAGAGGCCCAAGUUCAACCUGAAGAAGCCAAAUAUUCGUCUGCCGAACGCCUUGGCUCGCGGCACCAGAUCUCCGCCGUCGCACGACGAGCGCUCCACGGAGUCGACGGUCGGCUCCCGCAGGAACAUCUUCGACUUCUCCACGUACCCUCGGAUAUUCGACCGGAAGUCGAAGAGCAGGGGCGAAUACGCGACGUCCACGCCGAAAGACUCGCGAGCGCAGUCCACCGAGAGCGCCACGUUCCCGCGCCCGCGGAAGGGCAUGGUCGUGAGCGAGAAGUGGGCCCGGAGGUUCGAGAAGACGGCGUACAUCGACGAGGAUCGUUCGGACCCGGAGACCGCGGCGGAGAGAUCGCGGCCCUGGCGUCGUCCCUCGAUGGAGCAGCCCAGGUUGUCCAUCGGGUACGCGGAAGACACUAGAAUACCCUGGGAAGAGAAGCAGCGACCGGAGGAGCUGCAAUACAUGGACUACGAGCAGGAGUCCCCGGAGAUCUCCGAGCGUCAGGCUCAUCCGACGUCGGAGGCUUCAAGAACGGAGGAGGAGUCCUACGAGAGGGAACGAAUGGAGUCGAGUCCGAGGUUGUACAAGGAGGAGGAGACCGGGAAGGAGGAGGAGGGCGAAGCGGAUUGGAGAGCGGAGGAGCGGAUGGCCAGAGAGGAAUUCAGAGCGGUUCAACGAUCUCGCUCGUUGGAGGAGGUCCUGCGUGGUAGGGAGGACGAGGGUUACGACGGGAACUUCGCAAUGGUCGAUCCCAGGAGAUACGGGGUACACAAGACCCCGUCGGAGGAGGAGGAGUACGACGAGGAGAUGGAGGAAGAGGAAGAAGCCGAACCGUCGUCCGCUCAGUCGGACAGGGAGCAACAACAAUCGAGCGGCAGCUCGUGCGAUCGACGACGCCGAGGGGUCAUCGAGGAGAUCGACUCCGACGAGUUCUUCCUGAGGGAGAGCGGUCUCAGCCAGGACGAUAUGAACCUGGGCAAGUAUCUGACCAGCGAGAUCAGAGACGCUCUGCGACCGGACGCGAUGAACGCGUUGGCGGACGACUCGAUGCCGAUUCCUCCGCAACGUCCGAUGAGGAAGAGGUCACUGAGGAGGCAGAAGGAGGGCUCGAUCGAAUCGUACGAGGUGAUGCCACCGAUCAGACCCAAACGAGACCCGAACAGAGCUCGUCGCAGCGAGUCCAUGGACGAUCAGUUCCGCGAACGCACCAGAAGCGGCUCCAAGCACCGCAUAGUUUAUCGGACCGAAGGGGAGCCUGCGGAGCUGCCCGUCGAACCCUUGGACGACAUCGUGGUUGUGAAACCGGUGCGCAGAAAGUCAAAGUCCUCUCAGCGCAGUCAAUCGCAGAUACCGGAAGUAGAUCGCCCACCUUCACCGGUACCUCCCGUCGUACCCAAACGUCGAAAGCGUUUACGCAAAGAGACACCCACGGAAAGAAGGAACGGUGAAGUGGCGGCUAUAUGCAAUGGGCAUACCGAGUGGGGUGGAGCUGAUUCAGCUCCCGAAAAACCGCUGCCGCUACCUCCCACGAGCAUGGACCAGCUGCCAGACGAGGAAGCGUACACGGCCGAGGAGAUCAUGGCAACCAGCGAGGAGAACAUUCGGAUGCUGGCCACGCGCCUGCGAGAAGAGGAGUACAUGGAACCAGCACCCGUUGCGCCAAAGAGGAGAUCGAGGUCCAGAGGAACGUCGGUGGCCCAAGACGAGGAUAGAACGUCCCACGGUGCCGAGUCGCUACCGGAGAUCGGAUACGCGGAAGAGGAUAUACCCAGAGACGACCUGGACUUUGGCAGAGAUCUGUCAGGGUACGCGAUUAUAGAUAAACGCGACAAACCACCCAGACCCCCGCCACCCAGGAGAAAGAGAGACAAGUUCGCUACGGCUCCGAGACCCGUCCCGCCGAAACGACCCCAACGCGCCUACAGUACCCUAGGUCCUAGUAAGUCCAGAGAAAUUAAUAUAUUAACCGACGCGUUCGAGACGACUCUACAAACAGCGGAAUCCGCUCCCUACAUCGAAAUCGAUUCCGACGACGGAGAACACAAGGAUCUCCGCAGCGAUCAAGUGUUGAGUAAGAUGCAAGGACGUCCGCUUCCUGCCCCUCCGAGACCGCCCAGAGCGAGAAAGGACAGAUCACUGGAACGGUCAGCGAGCGCGAUGAACCAGGAGUCCGUCAUGGAGACGACGACCGCGACGCAGACGGACCCGUUACCCGACGACAUGGUGAUCGAGGAGGAAGUGACCCAGGCCAAGCUGGUCGUCGCUCCGUCCAGAUCUGGCUCCCAGAUCAUGGUCUCCACCGAGAGAAUACCGAGCCCGUCGAGCGCGAGCACACCGCCCGUUCCACCCUUGCCAAUGUCCCAACGCGCGCGGAUUGACGAGCAAAUGGGUCUCACCUACGACACUGUGUCCUUGAAGUCCCCGUCGCCCACCCGCGAACUCGAGGACAGACACCUGUCCGCGCCACACUUGGAACCCAUUCGCGACGAAAGACCGCGUUCGCCACUCGUCCAUUCCGCUCUGUCACCCAGCGAACCUGUAAGAAUCAGCAACCUGGAGGUGGGCGACCUGAGAGUAGAUCGACUGAACGUGUCACAGAUAGAGGCGGGUAAAAUCGUCGCGUCGGAAGUGGACGCGUUGGUUAUCACUGCUUCCGAACUGAAGAGUAUGACAGGUAUGAUAGAAGAAGGCCUGUCUCCGUCCAUCAUCAAGGAACUGAUAGCGAUCAGAAGUCACUUGGAAACGGUGGCCGCGUCUCAAGCCCAACAGAGUCGAAUGGAGAUCAGCGCGAGCAGAGCGGAACAGGAAAAGAAGACGGACAUUCCUAUAGCGAGCAGGGAACAGGAACCGAAAACGAGAGACGAACAGACGGUUCAACAGAGUCCUCCGCGAGAGGAGAAGUCAACGCCAGAGGAGCAAAAGGUUGUUAAAAAAGAAGUAACUGAAUCGAAGGACAAAGAUAUAUCCACCACACGCACACGAGCAAACGUCGAGGAUAACGACAUACCGGUAACGCAUACAUUAUCAGUCACCCACGUAGAGUUGAGCGACAAAGACAUCUUUCUCACAACACAAUCACCCCCUGUCGUUCAGCCAACCGAAGAUAAGUCAUUACGAAUUUCUGAUUCAGAAUCCCCCCUUUCUUUGAGCACGGCUACCAACGUGGAAGAAUCCCGCGCUUCCCUUCCCCCGUCUAUACCGAAAACAGGGGACCAGGUGACGGAAUCAAGAUUGUCCCCGGAUCGAAUGUCCGAACCGAGCGAGUUGGAAGGAUCUACCGAUUCGAAAGUACCGGCCGAAUUCUCCACACUGAUGGCGGAGCACCGGCAUAAGGGUAAAGACAAAGAGAGCUCGCUCGAAAGUACAGAGCCGAAGUCUCGAAAAUCGAGAUCCAGAUCACCGUCACCUAUACGUUUGUCUAGCGAACGACAAACCGCUUCACCGGUACGAUCCUUGCCACCAGCCAUUUCAGUAACACCGGACACGCCUGAUAAUGUCACGCAUCAAGGCAUCACCAGCGAGACACAACCGCAACGUGCCGUUAUCUCUUACACCUCGUACACCGAGGUGUCCGACAGGGACAGCCAAAGAGAGUCGUCCCAGUCACCGAUACCCUCCUUUCCCCUAGGUGGCACUCAUCUCAUAGCGUUUCCAGCUUCACAAAUUCCAAGUCAAUUCCUGUCACUGACGAGUCAACGCGUAGAUUCGGAGCCCAGCGUCGCGGAUAGCGUUAGACAAUUAACGAGAGUUCUACGGUUAGCGUGCAUUAAAGCCAUGAGACAUUUCGUGCGGUACGCAGCAUCCAUGGUAGGCGAAGAAUCCAGAGAGAAGAUCAGAGAAGUGGAAUUAACGAUAUGCGCCAUGCUGUUGCUAGUCACGGGUCUGUUGAUAUUCUUGUUCGGUAGCACGCGAACGGUGACCCACCAUCAUCACUGGGAUUACUUUAAUCCACCUAAAUAACGCACAGAAAUAAAGAACAUCAAUAAACAGCUCAACGUCAUGUAUUUUAUUUUUAAUGUAUCGUUCUUAAGAUGUAAAUUUAUAACAUUUCAAGGGGAACGAGAAUUGCUAACAGAAAAAAUGACGGAACUAAUAAUAUGGACAGAAAUAUAGACGGAUGAACAGAGCGUGUAACAAAAAUAAUAAGAUUGGUAAAUUAAAGCCUUGGAGCAGUUCAAUUCAUUGACGUAACUAAACAGAGACUCCUAGGAUACCUUGUAUGCUUCAUAUUAAAAGUUUAAAAAUUUCCAGAAACCAUUUGAUCUAAUUUAGGGUACUGACACUGUUAGAAAGUUGAAAGAUUUGAUCCAUCCCGGAAAUCCUAGUUACGCCAAUGAUGAAAUUUCUUUUCUGCUCGAAUGUUACAUUUGAACGAAACGCAAUUAACAACGAAUUGACAGAAACCAUCGUCUGAAAAUCUUGUAAUGCAAACAGUGGUGAGUGACUGAUACCUGUAAAAAGGAUAUACCGCAUAAUUUGCUACGAGAAUACUU